AUGGAUCCCCGGCCGCGGCCGCGGCGGCGCAGUUGCUGCCCGUUGGUCUCCGUCUUCCUGCGCGACCCGAGCUCAGGGCGCGUGUACAGGCGCGGGAAGCUGAUCGGCAAGGGCGCCUUCAGCCGCUGCUACAAGCUGACCGACAUGUCCACCAGCGCUGUGUUCGCGCUCAAAGUGGUGCCUCGCGGAGGGGGCGGGGCUGCGCGGCUACAUGCCCGCGGCAAGGUGGAACGCGAGAUCGCUCUGCACAGCCGCCUGCGACAUCGCAACAUCGUGGCCUUCCACGGCCACUUCGCUGACCGGGACCACAUAUACAUGGUGUUGGAAUACUGCAGUCGCCAGUCGCUGGCCCACGUGCUGCAGGCACGGCAGACGCUGACAGAGCCCGAGGUGCGCUACUAUCUUCGAGGCCUGGUCAGCGGCCUGAGCUACCUGCACCAGCGGCGCAUCAUCCACCGGGACCUGAAGCUCAGUAACUUCUUCUUGAACAAGAACAUGGAGGUGAAGAUCGGAGACCUGGGGUUGGCCACCAGGAUGGGGCCAGGGGGCCGCUGCCACAGAGUGCUCUGCGGGACCCCAAACUUCCUGGCUCCAGAGGUAGUGUCCAGAAAUGGACAUUCCUGCCAGUCGGACAUCUGGGCUCUGGGCUGCAUCAUGUACAUGGUGCUGACUGGCGUCCCUCCCUUCGUGGCGGCUCCCCUGUCGGAGAUGUACCAGAACAUCCGAGAUGGCCGCUACCCUGAGCCUGCACACCUGUCUGCCAACGCGCGCCGCCUCAUCGCCCGCCUGUUGGCCCCCAACCCAGCCGAGCGGCCCAGCCUGGACCACCUGCUGCAGGAUGACUUUUUCACGCAGGGCUUCACCCCAGACCGGCUGCCACCCCACUCCUGCCACAGCCCGCCCAUCUUCACCAUCCCCCAGCCUCUGGGCAGACUUUUCCGAAAAGUGGGCCGGCUGCUACUGCCCCAUUACCGGGCGCCCUGCCCCUUGGCUCCUCAGGAGGCCUCAGGUUCUGGAGAAGACGGUUCAGACCCUGACUCCAUGGAGUGGGGCAGUGAGGUGAGGACUGGGACGGGGCUCUGUGCCCCCGAGAGACCCAUCCAGCUGUUGGCCCAGGGGACACUCCAGAGUGACCCGGCGGAGACUCCCGAGGGGAGUCCAAGGCAGGAGGUGGAGGCAACCAUCAGGAACCUGCAGCUCUGCCUGGAUUCGGGUCCCCCAGCCAUGCAGGACCCCCCAGGAGAGCAGCAGCCUGUCUUCUGGGCCCCCAAGUGGGUGGAUUAUUCUAGCAAGUAUCGCUUUGGCUACCAACUGUCAGACAGUGGCAACAGGGUCUUGGUUUGGGAUAGCACCCACAUGGCCCUGCACCCCCCAGGGACAUAA